UGGCAGUAGUGCCAGAAGUAAUAAUAUACUAAAAAAAGCCGAUGCAAGUGGCAGUGGUACCGAUACACCGAAAAAAGCUGAUGCAAAUAGCAGUGGUACCGAAAGUAAUAAUACACUGAAAAAAGCCAAUACAAGUGGCAGUGGUGCCAGAAGUAAUAAUAUACCAAAAAAAGCUAGUGCAAGUGGCAGUGGUGCUGAUAUAUCGAAAAAAGCCAGUGCAAGUAGCAGUGGUGCUGAAAGUAAUAAUAUACCGAAAAAAGCCGGUGCAAGUAGCAGUGAU